AUGGCAUCUACAUGUCCUUUCGAAACUAAAAAUACGAUGAAAGCAACUUCCAUUAGCGACAAUGAGUGGGACAAGAUUAUUCCAAUCUCACCUCAGUUAAAGUCCGUUAAAUAUGGAAAUAAUAGACAACUUAUAUUGAUGUCAUAUAUUAGUUUCUAUCAUCUCAUUGCUGUCGGUCUUUUCGCUUCCCUAUUUUUGCCAACAAUCAUCACUGGUGUUCUUUCACUUAUUUUUCUUAUAUAUCCGCUGGUUAAGCAGAUUUUACGCUGUUACAAUUAUUUACCAACACCAUAUGAAAAAGAAGUCAUUCGUACAACAGUUACUGCACGAUGUGACGGAGACUUUGUCGUUUUUCUCAUAGGUUCUCGGCCAAAUGGACCAAAUCCUUUAGCAACAUCAUUCAAAAAUGUAGGCACAGCAUUUCAAAGUAUGGUCGCAGAAUUAGAAGCGGAUCCUACAUUAGGUUAUAUGGGAGGUGAUAUGUAUGUUGGAAUGAACCCUCGAAAAAGUUCAUUUUUGCAUGUACAAUAUUGGCGCAGUUAUGAAGCUCUUCAAAAAUGGACACAUACUCGAUUGAGUCUUCAUGUCAAAGUAAUGAUGGACUAUAGAAAGAAGGAGCAAUAUGAAGGUACGUAUGGCAUAUGGCAUGAAACAUAUAAAGUGAGAGAUGGAGAAUAUGAAACAAUAUAUGGUAAUAUGCCUCCGAUAGGUCUUGCAUUAGCAACACAAGCCGUUGAAGAUACAAAAUUAAAUAAUGGUCCAGGAAGAAUGGAACGACGAAAGAAGGAGAAAGAAGUUGAGAACAAUAUGAAUACUUCUACAAAAUAA